AUCCAAAACACGUGAUUUCGAAACCCGGAAAUAAACAACGCUCUGACGUUUGAUCUUAAAGGCUUCCUACUAAACGUGUCAGUAUAAACCUUAUUCAUUUCGUGUCCAUUUUCUUUCCAGUCGGUUAUAAAAAAAAAAACGUGUCUAUCAGCAUAAUGAAGUCGGCUCUGCUUCAUGUAACGAUGCUCUUCAUUUUCUGUAUUGCUUUGGCGAACACGAACCUGUUCAGUGAAGUUGAAGUGGACUUGACUUACGAGCAUUACGCAGAAAAAAGGGCUGAAAACAUGCCUGCGUUCUUGGCGAUGCCGUUCAACUGUCUGGUUAACUUGGCGUAUAUCAUUAUGGGACUGUACUGGCUGCUCUGGCACAGGGGCGUUAAGGAAACUGAGCGAAGCUGCUACAUAAGAGAGGUCUUUGCCCUCAUGGCUGUCUUUUACGCUUCAAUACAGUGGACGCGCCUGGCAACGCUGCGGCGCGCUCCCGCCGUGCUGGACCAGUGGCUCACCUUGCCGAUCUUCGCGUGGGUUCCUGUAUGGAUUGACUUCAUAGAACGCGCGCCGGGGAAAUGGCGCGCGCCGCACGCGGCAGUGUUUGAAUUGUGCUCCCUCGCCAGUUACGGCCUGGCGCUCGCGCACGAGCGAGGCUUCGAGGUGGCGUUGGGGUGUCACGUGACGCUGGCAUUGUAUAGAGGAGUCCGCGUGCAGCUGACGCGCGGGGACAGCCGCACAGUGGGCUAUCUUCUGCUGGCUAUGGUGUCCUGUGCGGGAUUCGUGGUGCUGAAGCUGCUGGAUCACUGGCUCGCUCGGCACUGGGUCUUCCAGAGGCUCACGGGACACUUCUGGUCCAAAGUGUGUGACGUGCUGCAGUUCCACUUCAGCUUUUGUUUCCUGACUGCUUUAACGGACAAGGCACAGAGUAAACCUGCGGCACAGCGGAAGUGAUCGGGAUAAUGGAUGUCUUGCAGAGAGGUUCUACAGCAGCUCACCAAUUGUAUUAGAACACUUUAAUCAUGAAAUAGAACCGACUUUAACAAAUAACCCUCCAUUGCAGCUGGAAUUUAAACAUAACAUGUAAAGACAAGAAAUAAAAACAUUCAUCCAGUUAAAUCUGUUUUAGGUGUAUACAUGCCACAUAUCUGCAAAUAUUAUGACACACUAAUUUAAAUAUCUGAGGUGGUGUGACCUCAGCAAGUUCACCAACAUUCCUGUAAACCCUAAAUCUGAUUUAUUCUUUAAUCCCAGGAGAUCCUUAAUCCUGAUACAGUUGUAAUGUGACAUUUUUUCCUCGUGUUGAAGGAUAUUCUUAACUGUAUUACUUCUGGUUUGUUCCAUAAUACUUUUAUAUUGCACAGUAAACAGCACCUUGCUAAAGUAUUUACACCCCUUUAAAUUGUUCAUGUUGUGUAACUUUGUAAUCACUAAACUUUAAUUCAAUCUUGGAGAUUUUAUGCAAUACAUUAAUACAAAGUAGUUAAUUGUCGUUUCCUAUGAAAAAUGGCAAGGUUUGGAAAUUGUUUUUUACAAAUAGAAUUUUUUAGGAUCCUUUACCGAUACUUAGAAAUAAAAUGUAGCCAAAGGCC